AGUCACACUUUAUCAUGUCGAAAAAAGGAGCUGGCAAAAAAGGAAAGGCUGCUGCAGACGAUCAGGAUCUCGAUGCCAUUCUAGCAGAACUUGCUGUCGAAGACAAAGCUCGUGCAGAAAAGGCAAGCAAAAAAGGAAAAGGAGGGAAGAAGAUUAUUCCAGAUAAGAAUGCACCUCCCGCCAUUAAUGGCGGAGGUGACACUACUAUUCCCGAGAUAGAAAAGUCGCAAACGGUCGAUUGGCAUGAUGAAGUUGCUGCAAUGAAGCCUGUGGAUGAACAGUUUCCAGACGAGAAGUUUCCUCUUGGACAGUGUGAAACUUACUACAUAAUGGGAAAAGAUGGUCGAAUUGCGUCUGAUCGAGAAAGUAAACAAGAAAAAAAGGCUCUUGAUAACUCCUUUGAAGAUAUGUAUCAGGAUUAUCGUAGAUCGGCAGAAGUCCACCGGCAAGUUCGAAAGUACGUGAGGAGCUGGGUGAAACCAGGAAUGACGAUGAUAGAGAUAUGCGAACGACUUGAAGCUUGUUCUCGGCAGCUGAUCAAAGAAAAUGGUCUUGAGGCUGGUCUUGCUUUCCCAACUGGUUGUUCACUAAAUCAUGUGGCUGCCCAUUAUACCCCCAACAAUGGCGAUACUACUGUUCUGCAGCAAGGUGACGUAUGCAAGAUCGACUUUGGUGUGCAUGUUCGCGGACGUCUCAUAGACAGUGCAUUCACGCUUCACUUUGAUCCAAAGUACGAUAACCUUGUCAAUGCGGUCAAGGAAGCUACUAAUGCCGGGAUUCGCGAAGCCGGUAUCGACGUACGAUUAUGUGACCUGGGAGAAAUUAUUGAAGAGGUAAUGACCUCUCAUGAAGUAGAACUGGAAGGGCGCACUUACACAGUCAAACCAAUUCGGAAUCUGAAUGGUCACUCCAUCGGGCAGUACAGGAUUCAUGCUGGAAAAACUGUACCCAUUGUCAAAGGAGGUGAUCAAACUAAAAUGGAGGAGAACGAGGUUUACGCCAUCGAAACAUUCGGAUCAACUGGAAAGGGAUAUGUUCACGACGACAUGGAGUGUUCUCAUUAUAUGAAAAAUUUCGAGUUGGCUGAGGAACACAUUCCGCUAAGAUUGGCUCGCUCCAAGGCUCUGUUGAACACUAUUGAUAAGAAUUUUGGCACAUUAGCGUUUUGCCGAAGAUGGGUUGAUCGAUUGGGUGAAACCAAAUACCUCAUGUCAUUGAAGGACCUUUGUGAUAAGGGGAUCGUGGAUCCGUAUCCUCCUCUAUGCGAUGUCAAAGGCUGUUACACUGCACAGUGGGAGCAUACUCUGGUGCUUCGUCCGACAUGCAAAGAGGUACUGUCGAGAGGAGAAGACUAUUGAUUCACUCACCCCCCCCCCCCCCCAAAAAAAAAAGUUUCAUCUCCGCUGUCUGAUUCCCUCAGUUUGAACUACCAUUAGUGUCCAAUGUAUACAAACGAGUCCCAUUGUUUUAUGUGUAUUUCGCUGAGACAUGUUCGUUUUACUGGGUGUUGUAUUAGUACAGGCUGUUGUGCAUUCCUUUCGCAUAGUCAUGAUUCAACAGCAUAUUUUUAGUUUUUUGUGGGAGAAAGUAAAACGUGUGUUGUACUAUUGUUCAUAAUGUGUGUUUUGCUGAUUUCUAAGCUACAUUAAGAUUCAGAUUCACAAGUUCUUCCUAGUUCACGAGAUACACAAGUUUUCGUUUCUUUCAAUUUUAAAUAGCUACUUCACUGUUGUUAUAGCGUGGAUUGAUG